AUGCUCCGCUGUGUGAAACGCGCGUUGGAAACCUCGGUCUAUCAUGCUUGUGUGGCUCAAGUACUUGUGGAGUUCCCGCUUUCCCCGGCGGCUGCUGAUGGAGACUCUUUCGCAGCGGCCGGCCAGGAGAACAACACGGCGCACCCGAAAGUGGAGCAGGUGAGGGCGGCACGAUUCGGAGGCCCGAUGAAUGGCCGCCCUGGCCACCACCACUACUGCGACCAAGGGGCAGCGGCCAAUACGAACACUGCAACGAGGGCACCGGUAGCACCGGGAGGAACCACAAAUCGGACAACUUCCAAAGUUCAGCAACGAAAUAGGAACAGCAGUGGGGCGUGUUCGUCUCCCGCGGGGCCCGACAACGGCUAUGGUGGUUGGUGGGGGGAGGGCGACAAGGUGCUUCGGACUAUGGGAGGGGGUUUUCUAACCAUAGCGUGUCUCUCCACGCUGAGUCGGGCAAUUUCGUCGCCUGCAACAAGACCGGUGGCCGGCACGCCGCCAACACCACACGGGUCGGGAACCUUCACAAACCACCCCCACAAGUCGCCACACCACCACAACAACGACGUCAAGGACGUCUUCGGGCAGUAUGAAGUAUCCCAGGAGGUGUCUGAUCUGCUGUUGCUCUUGGCAGCUCUCUUUCGGUUGGGGUCACCACCGUCUCAGGUGCCUGGCGGGAUUUUGGCUACACUCGGAAGGGUGCCAUCCUCAUCACCAACAACGGCACCAGCACCAGGAGGAGGAGCAGCCAACGCCGUUCUUCCCCCGACGGUGACCGAGGUAGAGGCCGCGCUCGCGGCCGGAACGGCUACCGCCUCGCGAAGAAGGAGGUCCUCGUCCGCCAUCACUCCGCCCCUGACCCGUCCAGCACAGCAGGACCGCUCCAGAUCCGUUCGCACCGGCGGGGUUAUGGGAAGGUUCGGAGGGAAGGAAGAGGGGGUAACACGACGUGGGGGCAACAGCGCCAAGCAAGACCCAGAAUCCACCCAGAACCACUCCGAGCGAAGUGUGAUCUUCCAGGGGUUGGGAAACGUAGGAGGAGAGGCGGGGUUGCGUUCAGCGCACACGGCGCGACCACGACAGCCUCGAAGAAAUAGCAUGCGAGCGGCAAUCGAGACACCGCCUUUGACGCUUUCCUCGUUUCCGGGUAGAGGUGGCGGUAGGGGGCCGGACCCAGCAACAUCGGCGGUGCCCAUGUCAUCCUCCCUGCUGCCGUCUGACAAGGCGCCCUCGGAGAGGAUGGUUGUGUCGGAACCCCGCUGUAAAAACUCCCGCGAAGGGAUGCGGCCCAGCAACGCCAACAGCAAUCGCGGCAGCUUCGCGAAUUCUCCUCGGCUAGAGCAAACGCCUCAGCGAUACUCCGGGGCGCCCUCUCGCGUGGGCGUCGCUGCUCGCGAAGGCCAAGCCCGGCGUAGUGGUAUUCAUCGUGUAUCGGACGACCUACACGUAACGAGCCGCCAGUCGAUGGCGACGGCAGAAGAAAGGCGCAUCCCGGCAGAGGCGUUCGAAAUGUGCGGAGGCGGAAAUUUCGCCGUAUAUCUCGCCGUACGCUGCAAAAGUCUCAACUGUGAGAGCCGCCGUAAUGAAUGCGGCUUCGAAACUCUCGCCCAUUUGGCCCUGAGGGAGGCCCACCCGUUCCUUCUCUCCUCUUCAUUCUACCGGCGGCCUGGAGGGGAAAGUGUGGGCAAAGGGGGCGGAGCGAACAAGCGUCAGGGGUGGAAGGGGCCCGUCGAGGAAGGGCCUCCCUGUGGAAAUGGUGGUCCCGUCGGGGAUACGAGUCCUACCAUGCACUCGAAUGCCCUCUUCGGUUCAGCAAGCGAUGAAGAUGGAGUUGGUGCAGUAGAUAUAUCUACAGUCGCGGUGGCGUGGAGGGCACAACACCUGCCGAUCCUAUUGACAGAGAUAAUUAGGGAUUGCUUCAUGACGCAGGUUAGGACCCUGCUGGAAGGUAACACCCCCGGCCGAUCCCAAACUGGCGACGAAAGUGCUGCGGCGAGCGGGCUCGAGGGGUCGAGCACCAGGAUCGAUGAGAUGACCGAGUCUUCGUCUCAUAGAAGCUUGUCGCGGCGCACGAGUAUUGUCGUUUCGAGCUUGAUUGGGCGCGGGAGCAGUCCUACUUCACGCAUUGAUGCACGCCUUGGCCAGGUAUCGCAUCGGUCAAGCUGCGUGAGAAUGGGCGCCGCGCUGGCGUACCAAGUGUCCGUCGGUGGCGUGUUUCUCGGCGGGGUUGGCUGCCCGUCAGAUAGUGAUGGAUCCAAGGCGCUGGUAGACGCUGGGAUGGUGGUUCUGCUUAUGAGAGUUGCGGCGGUGGCGGAGGCGGCGGCGAAACCGCCGUCGCUGAUGUCGUCGGGGACGAAUGCGGCUGAAAGAGGGCCUUCAGCUCGAGUCCUGGCCUUGGCAUGCUUAACGGCCAUCAUCACGAAAUGCAGGAUCGACGACGACACGGCCGCCACGCCUGUAAGGAGCUUGGAUGCCGAGGCCGAGGGUGCUCGCUCAUACGAACGCGAUGGCCUACUCUGGGGUUGGGAUGGCGGUCAAGGGUCAGGCCCGGUGCUAUUGUUAACCCAGGCAAGAAAACGACUAGAGUGA